CGAUUCAAGUGACGAAUCCCCCUCUCCCUCUCUCGUCGCGCACACGAGACACGACACGAAUGGCGGCGAGCGAGACGGCGAGCCGCGCCGAGAAGAAGCCCCGCUCCCUUUUCGAUCUCCCACCCGAUUUCUUCGACUCGUCUCGCCUUCUCCGUUCCCACCCUUCGCAGCUUCUUCUUCUCCCACCAUCCCCAUCUCCUCCCCUCUCCAACGCUUCCCGCAGCGGCAACAAUGGCGAAGGCCCCCGAGAGCUCGAUCCGAAGCGCGAGGCGAAGAAGGGGACGGAGCCCUCCUCGUCGAGGUGGACGUGUAACGCUUGUAAGGCCGAGUUCGAUUCGCUCCAGGAUCAGCGAUCCCACUUCAAGUCCGAUCUCCAUCGUCUCAAUGUUAAGCUGAGUAAUGCUGGUAAAGAUACUAUAAAGGAAGAGGACUUCGACGAGUUGGGUUGUGACUCUUUAUUUCAGGACUUAGAAGUGUCAAGUAUAUCUGGUUCAGAAGAUGAGUUGGAAAAUGGACCUGCCCCCAACUGGGGAUCAUCAGGGAAAGGCAAAGAAGAAUUUAAGCGAAAGCUUUUUUUUCGUCUCCAUUCAGGAGAUACUGUUUCCCUCUAUAGAUGCUUGCUGUUGGAUGAAUCGGAAGAUCUGUUGUUUAACAGUAACAGCUCAGACCAUACGGGAAUCUCUGGACAUAUGUCAUAUGUGGAGGAGAGCGAGUUGAUUAACAGAUUGAAAUGUUUGAUAUCUGAGCCUCGAGAUAAAACACAUUUAAGAAUCAUCUUACUUACUAGUGGCGGACACUUUGCUGGGUGUGUUUUUGACGGAAAUUCUAUUUUAGCUCAUAAAACAUUUCACAGGUAUGUUGUGAGGGCAAAGGCUGGCAAGAAACAAUCUUCUAAAGAUGCAACUGGGAAGGCUGCACAUUCAGCUGGCUCAUCUCUUCGCCGGUACAAUGAAGUAGCAUUAAAGAAGGAAAUUCAGGACCUAGUAAUUUCUUGGAAGCCAUACUUUGAUUCCUGCUCAUGUGCUUUCCUUUACGCGCCAUCGAGAAACCGUCAGAUGCUUUUUGAUGGGGGAAAGGCUCAGCUAAUUCUCCAGGGAUGCAAGAUUUGCAACAUUCCGUUGACCGUCCGUCGACCAACCUUGAAGGAAGUAAAAAGACUAUACAAUCAUUUGAUACAGAUGACCUAUGAGGUGGAUUAUACUGCUAGUGGGGAAGUUUUGCCUUCUAUUGCUGGUGGAAAUAGCGUUCAACAAUCCAAUGAUGCAAAACAGGGAAAGCACUUACAAAUCGAGGAGUCUAUUUCUAAUCCUUAUUCCAGUGUAGAAUGUAAAAUUCAACAUUCCAAUAAUAGAGAGCAAGAAAAGCUCCUGGAAAUUGAUGAUUCUAGUUCUAGAACAGUUUCCAAUUUAGAGUGUAAGUACGAAGCAACAAGCCAACCAUCUUUUGAAAGUGAAACGACUCCUCUACAUGAGGCAGCAAAGUCUGGUGAUGCUCAACGAACUUUGGAACUACUUGAGCAGGGUUUGAAUCCUUGUAUUAGAGAUGAACGUGGUCGGACUCCAUAUAUGUUGGCAACAGAGAAGGAAGUGAGGAACACUUUUAGAAGAUUUAUGGCACUAAACCUUGAUAAGUGGGACUGGCAUGCUGCCAACGUGCCCAGCGCAUUAACAAAGGAAAUGGAAGAGUUUCAGGCAGCAAAACAGGCUGAGAAGGAUGCUAGAAGGAAGGCUAAAGCAAAAGAAAUGAAGAAAUUGAAGAAAGAAAAAGAAAAGGCAAAGGCGGAAGCAUCUCUAUCCCAAAGUAGCCGACAAGUUGCUUCACAUAGCCCGGCGGUUGCUCCGAUUUCAGCUGCUAAGCAGCAGAAGCCACAAUAUGUACCGGCCGUCACCAUUUCAAAGGAGGAGGAAAGGCAAAGGCCACUAGCAGAAGAGAGAGAAAAGAGGGCAGCUGCAGCAGAAAGAAGAAUAGCUGCUCUUGCAGCUAAGUCGACGAGCACAUCAUCAGCAACACCACAAGGUAGCUCUGAGCCCACAAGUGGAUUGAGUGAUCCUACUUGUUCAUGCUGUAAUGCUUCCUUGGCUGGGAAAAUCCCAUUCCAUAGGUACCACUAUAAAUAUUGCAGUACCUCAUGCAUGCAUGUUCACAGAGAGAUGCUCGAGGACGGAUUCCGAAUGGCGACCGGCGGCCCCUCGACUUCGCCGACCGGCGGUCGCCACCACUUUGUGGACAUCCAUCCGGUGCUGCACGACGAUGCGAGCGGAGGCUGCGGCAAUCUCGGGAAGCAGCAGACCAGCAACCCUGUCAAGUACCGCGGCGGCAGCGGAGAAGGGGAGAGAAAUGCGGCGCUGCACAGACCCUUCAGCCGGCAGGUCUCUCUCGAGACCGGCGUGUCCGUGCUCAGCAUGCAUAAGGAGCAAAAGGGUGGAGGCGGCAAGAAAGAGGGGCCGAGUGGUCUGUUACGGAGCGGCAAGAGCUUAGGAGUUAUUCGAGAUAGCCGCAGCGGCUGCGAUCCCACCUCUCGGAAGGGAGAUUUCAGUAUCUUUCGAACCAAAUCAACUCUAAAUAAGCAGAACUCGUUGCUUCCAUCGCGGAGGGAGAACGACGUUGAUUUUCAAAACAUGGAAGGCGUGUCGGCAAACCGUCAAGAGGAAGACGCCAUCAACAAGAGCGUCCCCGCGGGGCGGUACUUCGCAGCCCUCCAAGGGCCGGAGCUCGACCAAGUUCGGGAUUCUGAGGACAUCCUCCUCCCGAAGGACGAGGUGUGGCCGUUCCUCCUCCGGUUUCCGAUCGGGUGCUUCGGCAUGUGUCUCGGCCUCAGCAGCCAAGCGAUUCUAUGGGGCGCGCUAUCGUCGAACCCCGUGAUGUCGUUCAUGCGCGUGAGCCCCUACAUCAACCUCGUGCUGUGGCUCCUCGCACUCUCCGUCCUCAUCGCCGUCUCUGCUACCUACACAUUGAAAUGCGCCUUCUACUUCGAGGCCAUCCGCCGCGAGUACUUCCACCCGGUCCGCGUCAACUUCUUCUUCGCCCCAUGGAUCGCCUGCAUGUUCCUCACCAUCGGCCUGCCGCACGCCUUCUCCCCAGAAAGGCUGCACCCCGCAGUUUGGUGCGUAUUCAUCGCGCCCGUGUUCGUGCUCGAGCUGAAAAUCUACGGGCAGUGGCUGUCGGGAGGGAAGCGCCGGCUGUGCAAGGUGGCCAACCCGUCGUCGCACCUGUCGGUGAUCGGCAACUUCGUUGGCGCGAUUCUCGCCGCGAAGGUCGGGUGGGGGGAGGCCGGGAAGUUUCUAUGGGCCAUCGGCACCGCGCACUACCUCGUCGUGUUCGUCACCUUGUACCAGAGAUUGCCGACCAACGAGGCGCUGCCUAAGGAGUUGCACCCGGUGUACUCCAUGUUCAUCGCCACGCCCUCGGCGGCGAGCAUCGCGUGGGCCACCAUCUACGGGCAAUUCGACGCCGUCGCGAGGACCUUCUACUUCAUCGCGCUGUUCCUGUACGUGUCUCUCGUCGUGCGCAUCAACUUCUUCAGAGGAUUCAAGUUCUCGAUGGCGUGGUGGUCGUACACGUUCCCGAUGACGACGGCGUCAUUGGCGACGAUCAAGUACGCGGAGGAGGUGCCAUGCUUCUUCAGCAAAGGGCUGGCGCUUAGCCUCUCGGUGAUGUCGUCGACGAUGGUGUCGGUGCUCUUCGUGUCCACGCUCCUCCACGCGUUGGUGUGGCGGUCGCUGUUCCCCAACGAUCUCGCCAUCGCCAUCACGAAGAGCAGGAGCGCCGGCGCGGGAGCGAAGCAGCAGGCGAAGGAGAAGAAGCCCCAGAGGAGGACGUACGACAUCAAGCGCUGGGCGAAGCAGUCGCCGCUCGCUCUCGUCUCGUCCAUCACGAAGAGCGGCCCCGGCGAUAAGGAGGAUUCCGCGGGAAACUAAUAAUUAACUAGUAGGAGGUGGGAUCGAGGUUAAUUAAAUACUGUAAUUCUUUUUCCCUUUAAUUUCUUCCUCCUCCUCUUCUUCUUCUUAGAAUCAUCAGUAUAUUUAAUU